AUGCAACUCCCACCUUUAGAAGUCUUGCAAUCAUGGCCCUAGCCGAACUAUGUCGAUCCUGUGACUCGGGGUUGGGAGCAUAGAAUCAUCAUCAUCUUGGUAUUUCCGUUGGUGCUUGUGAUUGUUGGGAUACGCAUCUUUACCAGAUUGCGGAUUUCGAGGAGUUUUGGGGUGGAUGAUUGGUUGAUUAUUGCUGCUCCUGUAUGCUUUCUCUCCAUCUCUUGCUCUUUUGCUCUCGAAAUUGUGGUACGUAUGAAGUGCUGA